AACUCUACUUGGGUGACAACAACUUCUCUGGAUACUUGCCUCCGUUAUGUCAUGGUGGAUCUAUUCAAAAAUUCACUGUGCCAAACAACCAUUUCACUGGUGAGAUCCCGAGGAGCUUCAGAAACUGCACCAGCUUAAAAAGAGUUCUGCUCAAUGGAAACCGACUCACUGCAGAUGUAUCGAAAGCCUUUGGUGUAUACCCGCAUCUCACAUAUGUGGACGUCAGCGACAACAUGCUGUUUGGUGAACUCUCACCGAACUGGGGAGAAUGCCAAAACCUAACGGAGCUCCAAUUCUAUGGGAACAUGAUCACCGGUAGAAUUCCUCCAGAGAUUGGGCAGUUGACACAGCUAGGUGUGCUUGGUCUUUCUUCGAAACAACUAACAGGAUAGAUUCCAAAAGAAUUUGGGAGUCUGACUUCUUUGUUCAACUUGAGUUUAAAUGAUAAGCAACUUGUUGGUCAGGUACCCCAAGAGAUUGGAAACCUAUCCAAUUUGGAGGUUCUUGACUUGUCAAUGAAUCACCUAAGUGGUCCAAUACCACCUCAAUUAGGAGAUUGCUCCAAACUCUAGUAUCUGAAAUUGAGCAAAAAUGCUUUGAAUGGAAGCAUUCCAUUUCAGAUUGGUAACCUUGUAUACCUACAAGGCUUACUAGAUCUAAGUUAUAACUCCCUCAAUGGAGAGAUAUCACCACAACUUGCAAAAUUGGUUAUGCUGGAAAAUUUAAUUCUCUCCCACAACUUGAUGUCAGGCUCCAUUCCGCCUUCUUUUCAAGAGAUGGUCAACUUGCAAUCUAUUGAUUUUUCAUAAAAUUCUUUGGAAGGUCUUGUUCCCAACAGCAAAAACUUUCAAAAGGCUCCUGCAGAGGCAUUUAUAAAUAAUAAGGGCUUGUGUGGUGAAGUGCAAGGUUUGCGACCUUGCAAUGCCUCUUCAAUAAGUCAUGGCGAUGCGAAGAAAGACCAUAGAGUUGUGAUCCUCAUUAUUCUUCCGCUCUCGGUGGCCUUGUUUCUUUUGUUUGUAAUCGUUGGCAUUUCUUCCAUUUAUUACCAAAGAGGAAGAAAUAUAGAUAAAAAGGUUCUCGAGAGGAGCAUCAGAAAUCCAUUUUCAAUAUGGAAUUAUGAUGGGAUUGCUUUGUUCGAAGACAUUGUGGAGGCAACAGAGGGUUUUGAUGAUAAAUAUUGCAUUGGAAUUCGAGGGUAUGGAAAAGUUUACAAAGCAAAUCUACCAAUGGGUCAGGUAGUAGCUGUGAAGAAAUUUCACCCACUCGAAGGAGGGUUUCAAUCUGAUAAAAGAAGUUUUAGAACUGAGAUACAAGCAUUAACUGAAAUCCGCCAUUGCAACAUAGUGAAGCUUUAUGGCUUUUGCUUCCAUGCUCGAUGCUUGUUUCUCAUCUAUAAGUACAUGGAAAGGGGCAGCUUGGCAAGCAUCCUAUGCAACAAUGAAGGAGCUAUGUAGUUGGACUGGACUCGUAAGGGUGAAGAUUAUUAAAGGUGUGGCCCUUGCUUUAUCUUACAUGCACCAUGAUUGCACCCCGCCGAUUGUCCAUCGAGACCUAUCAAGCAACAACGUUCUGUUGAAUUCAGAACUUGAGGCCAGUGUCUCUGAUUUUGGCACUGCACGAUUGUUGAUACCGGAUUCAUCCAAUUGGACUAUGCUUGCAGGCACUUAUGGAUACAUUGCUCCAGAGCUUGCAUAUACAAUGAGGGUGACUGAGAAAUGUGACGUCUAUAGCUUUGGUGUUGUGGCACUUGAAGUGAUGAUGGGAAGGCAUCCUGGGGAGCUCAUCUCCUCUUUGUCAUCACCAAAUAGAGAAGAUAUACUGCUAAAGGAUAUGUUCGACCAACGUCUCUCUGAUCCGAUGGCAGAGGUUGCACAGGAAGUCAUAUUUGCAGUGUCCAUGGCCCUUGCAUGCAUUCAGCCGGAUCCUGACUCUCAGCCAACCAUGCACCAUGUGGCUCAGGAGCUAUCUGUUAGUGGGCCUUCUUUCUCUCUAGAGCCAUUCCAUGCACUUACAUUUUGUCAACUGAUGAAUCUCAAUGUAUAAUUGGGUGUAUGAAAAUUAGUGAGGCUGUGGGCGUGUAGUGGCAAGAACAUUAUUGUUGUGUUUAUUGCAUGAAAAUAAUCAAUCACGGAGGUGUUUUUCUUGCUAUGACGCGUACAUAGUUCAGUGUGUGGAAUUGAUGUUUAUAUAGAAUAUAUAUUUCUAGGAUUGGUGAUAAAAAUCCAAAUGUAAUAAAAGUAGGUUGAAAGAAUAAAGAUGUUUUCUUGUUUGGUGGUUA